AUGGGUGAAUCAGUUAUAUUUCCAAGAGAACUCUUAGAGGAAAUAAAGGGAAGGGGUUUCAUAAUAAGCUGGUGUACCCAGCAAAAAGUGUUGUCCCACUCAGCGGUCGGCAUUUUCCUUACACAUUGGGGAUGGAAUUCUAUUUUGAAAGCUUUAUUUGAAAGUGUGCUUUUAAUUUGUUUGUCAUUCUUUGGAGAUCAACAAUCGAAUUGUCGAUAUGUGUGCACCACGUGGGACAAUGGCAUGGAAAUCAAUCUAGACAUAAAGCGUGAAAAUGUGGAAGUUGUUGUUAAAGAGAUGAUGGAAGGAGUUAAUGGGCAAUGGAUAAGGCAAAAGGCAUUGGAAUGGAAGAAGAAAGCUGAAACUGGCAUUAGCCUUGGAGGAUCUACUGUUACCAAUGUUGAUAGAAUGAUAAAUGAGGCAUAG